UGAUGCAGUUUAAUUGAUAGUACAAAAAAGCGGACCGCAGAAAAAUAUUCAGUGUCGUACAAGAACAAGAGACACGUGCGCCAUUUUAUCCGGCUUGCUCACGAUGAGCAUUCCCACAUUUAUCGAUGUUGAGGUCACAGACCAGACAAAUGAAUUGCGUUCAUAUUUGAAAGAAUUAGGUGGCAACAUCCCAGAAAGCAGUGGGGAAGAUAAUGUUAAAGACUUGUUAAAUUGUAUAGAGGCCAGUGAUGUCUGCUGGAAGGAAAUCAAUUCAGAAACAGAUUUGGAGAUGGUGUUUAAUGGUAUAAUAUCUAUGAUGUUAUUGAUACCAGCUGAACUAAAUGAAGAACCAGUCCAUUUGUUUUGUAAAAAGCUUGCAGACUGCCCUAAAGGUGACAAGAAAGGCAGUAUUAGAUUAAGGAUAUUAUCAAACCUUUUCCAUGGUUUAGAAGACAAGUCUCACUUGAAGGCAGAUGUUUACCUCAGUCUGUUAAGGUUAUCAAGGGAUGCAGAUCUUGCAUCUAUGGUUAUAACAGAUCUAGACCAGGUAAAAAAAUGGAUCUCUGAGUGGGAUAUAGGUACAAAGAAAGUACAGAAUAUGUACAGGGCCUUACAUGAAACAUUGAUAGCUGCCAGAAAUAGUGAACAUGCAACAAAAGUAAUGAUAGAAUUACUAGGUACAUAUACUGAAGACAAUGCUUCACAAGCCAGGGAUGAUGCACAAAGAUGUAUAGUGACCUGUCUAGAAGACCCCAACACAUUCUUGUUCGAUCAUCUUUUAACAUUGAAACCAGUAAAAUUUUUAGAAGGAGCACCAAUACAUGAUCUGCUGACAAUUUUUGUGUCUGGGAAGUUGUCCGACUACCAACAGUUCUACAAGAAUAACAAACCUUUCAUCAACUCACUAGGAUUGUCACAUGAUGAGAAUCUACGUAAGAUGAGACUGUUGACGUUCAUGCAUAUGGCAGAGACAAAGAAGGACAUAGAGUAUGAGAGUAUACAGAAAGAGAUGGACAUGCCGGAGAGUGAAGUCGAGAAUUUUAUAAUAGAUGUGGUGAAGACUCGUGCCGUUCAAGUCAAAAUCGACCAGCUUCAGAAGAAGGUUGUCAUAACAUCUACCACACACCGCACGUUUGGACGACAACACUGGCAACUCCUCCAUCAGAAACUUAUAAAGUGGCAAACAAACUUGUCUAAUGUACAAACCAGUCUACGAGCAUUGGAAAUCAUGCAAGCUCAGCAGGCUCAGAGUGCACAGUAGUAAUCAAAGAGCAUCUAUUACACCCAGAUUUAAUCAAAUUGUUGUCAAGCUCCUACUGACUGUGUUACUGGUAAAAGCUUUCCAGUGAUACAGAUUAGAAUUACAAUCUUGAAAUUAUUGAGCGGGGACGGUUUUGAAUUUUCUGUAACAUUUAAUAUCAUGAGUCUCCGUAUUAAAAGAAAUUAUCAACAGUGCUUUAAGUAUUCAACUUCGUAAUGUGGGGGGCAGGUGAAAUAUUUGGCUUUUGUAAACUUUCACAUGUAUUGACAUUUAUUUAGUUGUUCGUUCAGCAGAAAUCGUAGUAGAAAAUGUGACUUAAAUAAUGUUCCAUGAUAUUUUGUGUUUUUAAAUAGUUGAUACAAAUUAAAUGGGAGUGUGAGGUCUAUUUGAUGUAAAGACUGACAACAGAUUGACUGAUGGAUGGAGAAAGUUGUCAAAGCCAAAUGUUUCAUUUGCCCCCCAUGUAAAUUCAAAUUUUACAUAUGUCGGUCAAGUGCUAUCAAGUGUGAAAAAUGGAUUUGAGAUCUUCAACUUCUCUGAUACAUGACUGUAUUUUCUAUUAAAACAUCAUUAGAAAGUUGUGUCAAACAUAAAAAUGUAUUUGAAAAAUCUUGUAUUUAAUUUAUUCAUGAAAAUAAAAUCAUUGUAGUGAAA